AUGGACAAGGGCAAAACUAACAUAUUUGGGAAAUCAUCCAAACAGACGAAAACGAUUGAGAAAUGUUACGAGGGUGGAAAAGAUUUUGCAAAGGCUAGCACUAUAUCCAUUAAAGAUUCCUCACAAUCAAAAGUAAUAAAAAAGAUUAAAUGGAGUGAAAUAAACACAAUUUCAAGCGAUGAGGACGUUUAUGCUAUUGAUAAACAAGAAACUGAUGGACCACCAAAUGAUAAUAAAGAAGGGGCAAACGUCGCGAUACCGCCCGAUGUAGCUAAGUGCAGUUUUAGUUUAGAUAAUGACGAAAUAAAUGCUAACUCAGAUGUUCAAGAUGCUAAAUCUUUGGAAGGAAAAAACAAAAAUAUAACUUUUAGUGAAUGCAUAGAUGAGUUGAAGGAAGAAAAAAAUAACGAAGAACGUAAUUUCAAUGCUUUGUCAGGCGCUGAUAGCCCAAAUAGCGAAGAUGGACAAAGUAUAAAUAAAACUGAGGACACAAAAGUAAUACCAAAAACUGAUAGGAAUGACCAAACUGCGACAAACGCGGAGGAGCGUACGGCGAUACUUAAGGAGGAAUCAACAACCGAAAACGUGGAACGUGUAAGCACUGAGGAUAAUUUUAAAGGAGAAGAAGCGAAUUACCACAAUGAAUCAAACCAAUUAUUAGAGGGAGAAUCGCGACCUGAAGAUGAAUUCAUAAAUGAAAACGAUCAAUGCGAAUUUACAAUGAAGGAGUUCCUUACAAAGCUUAAAGAAUUGAUAACGCUAAUAGGACAGCGCUCUUUUAAAAAAGGACCGAUCGGCCGUUGGGAACACUCCAUGAUA